AUGGAUAUUGACAAAAAUAAUAUGAUAUUUACAGAACUUUAUACAAAUAUAAAACAACAAGUUGAAAAAUCUUUAACAAAUCUUAUUGAACAUGUAUAUGAAAUAGAAAAUUUAAACAAAAAAAAAAUAAUCAAUAUUGAAAAUUCAAAUUCAUCAAAUAAUUAUUUAAAUUUAAUUAUUCAAUCUGUUCAAAAUUAUUCACAUGAUUUUAUUGAAAUAGUUGAACAUUUAACAGUUUGGCUUGAAUUAGAAAUUCCAUCUUAUAAUGAUACUAAUGAUUUUUGUAUUGCUACACAAAAUGAAAUACUCGAUGAAAUAGCUUAA